AUGUUCCCAAGACUUGCUCUUCCUGUCUUGGCUACGUCCCUGUUCGCAAUCGUAGAUGCUCAAUUCAAUAACCCGCCAGGUGUCGACAUAUGGUGCGGCAAAGCUUAUAGAGAUACAAAUGCCUCCUUUAACCCAGGUGGCUGGUUUGAGGAACCAGCAAAGUCCGCUACACCAUUGGUGGACUUCAAAGUAAAGCCUCGGAUGAAUUUGUAUCUAGCGGAUGAUACCAGCUCAACCCUCGUAGUUGACGCAUCCAUAUCUUGGUACAUUGGCCACGCUCUACCAGGCAUUAAUACGUCCACACUCGCAACGCAUAACUCGGCCAUCACGCUUCAAAUCACGAUUGGAGACACGUCACUCCUCACAAAUAAGACAUCUAUAGCGCUCGGAUCAACAAGGAACGAAAUUCCUUUCGAUCUAUCAAUCUUGCCUGUGUCGUCUGAGCCACAUAACGUCACCGUCGUUGGUACGCUUCAAGGCCACAAGAACGCAACAUUCACUGCUUCAACCCAGCUUACCAAGCUCCCACUUCGAUCCGACAAUGGCACCGUGACACGGCUUGAUAACUUAUACGGCGGUCUGUCCGUUCGCAAAGGCCAAUCAAAAGAAUGGACCUCUUUGUUUCCUUAUACCUACUACGUCCAAUGGAGUCUGUAUUGGUACGCCAACCUCUCCACUCUGGACGAGUUUGCAGCGAUGGGCUAUAAUGUCAUUCAUAUCGUGCCCACCGGUGAUCUGGGUGAUACCUCAUUCCCAUGGGAAGAGUUCCAGCCCUAUCUCGACCGCGCAGACGAGCUAGGCCUAUAUUUCAUGUAUGAUGUCCGCUGGGACUAUGCCAAUCUCACCACUAUGGUUGACCAGAUCCACCAUCUACACAACCAUCCUUCAAUUCUGCUAUGGUACACAGCCGACGAACCGGACGGCAAGUCCAAUCCCAUCAACUCUACCCUCAUUGCCUAUGACACUAUCAAAGCAAUCGACCCAUAUCAUCCUGUCUCGCUAGCUCUAAACUGUCGAGACUUCUAUUACUCCGACUAUGCAGCAGGCGCAGAAAUUGUGCUUGAAGAUGUCUACCCCAUCAGUACCAACACUUCCUACUCUGAAGUUUACAACACACCUUGCAAUGCGACAUAUGGUUGUUGUGGCUGCGAUGACUGUGAGGGAAGCUUCCAUGACAUAUCAACCCGUCUGGACGAAUACACUGCCAAAGACAAUUUUCUAGGCUGGCAAAAGAUCCACUGGGCUGCUCCCCAAGCGUUCGGAAACGAGACUUUUUGGACUAGAUAUCCCACUGCUGCUGAAGAGGUUGUUAUGAAUAUGUUGAGUAUCAAUCAUGCGGCCAAGGGAAUCGUGAUGUGGGAUUUCCCUACCAAAGCUGACAUCCUGGAUGUGACGAACAGACUAGCUGCAGUCCUUACCAAGGAGCCGGUCGCUGACUUUCUAGUCGGUGCACCUUUGCUUCAAGAGCUCAAGGUCGUCGGUGCUGGCAAUGUCGAUGCUGCGGCUUGGGUCAAGGAGGAUGAGGUGCUGAUUUCCAUUGUCAACCUGGAUUACGGCAACACAGCUUCCAAUGUUACAGUGAUAUUGCCGGGAGAAGUAGAAGUCACAAAAGUCUCUAAGAGCUUCUGGGGCGACACUUCGUGGUCUACACAUGGCAAUAGGCUCACGGUGAGCUCCCUCAUGGGUUUGGAGGUUUCUUUGCUGCUGUUGAAGCGUUGCUGA